AAGAAAUCCCACGUGGGGUUUUGAAAUCCCCAAGGUCGUAGCGUCGAUUUGUUUUGUAUUCGUAUUUGUUCAUUUGAUUAUAUUUCUCCAAUGAACUUGUAAUGAACAAGUUUCUACCAACAUCUCAAAUUGAUUGGCUUCUAAUGGAUAAACCGACGGUCGACCCUAUUCUGUUAGGACUCGAUGAACAUAGUGGUAUGCAAGAAUUAAAUGAGUUGUUCUCAAACCCAUGUGGAGACCCUCACAGGAAAGAGCAUUAUGCUGCUGAUUCCUCCAAUCAAUUUGAAGUAGAUGGAAGUUCAUGUGUUGAUUCGGAAUGCCAUGAACCGUGGGAGACUAAUUUUUGCUCGUCUGGAAUAAAUGUAACAACAUCUGGAACACCAAGGUAUAAAUCUACCAUAACCGCUGGCGUUCCCGAGUUAUCUCAAAGUACACUUAAAACGAUGUAUGAUGAACGUGACGUUUUUUGCACCAUAAAAUGCGACGAGCCAGCUUAUCAGCCUUGCGAGGGGGUUGCAAAAACUGUUGACAAACACAACGCUCUUGAGUAUUCCAGAAGUUUGAUCUCUACAGAACCAUUUGUUAAGCGGCGUUUGACAACUCCGGAAGUACCCGGACAUUCACCCAUAAGUACGGCUAUCCACUGCCAUUUUAGAGAUACAGGGCCUUUAAACUCAUUUGGCCCAUUCCAAUCUUCUAAUAAAACUUAUGACUCCCUAACCUUACGCUCUGAUUUCCCUAAUCUUGAGGUUGGUUCUUUCGCCCCACUUACAGAACCUUCAUGUAUGUUUUCAACUCCCACGGUUAUGCCUUCUGUAGAUUCUUUGAAUCAUCGCGAAACAUCUGAAGUCGAUUCUCAAAUAUUAAAAGAAACGGAAAAGGUAUCUCCGAAUUCCAGUCCUGUUUGUCGUCGACCUGGCCUUUUAAAAGGAUCAGGCCCUUCCUCUCCUUCUGCUGCUCAUCAUUGCAGUCUUUGUGGUAAACAAUAUCGUCAUGUUGCUUCUUUAAGGAAUCAUAUGCGUAAGCAUACAACAGGAGCGCUUACUUCAAAGCGAUAUAAGUGCAACCACUGUGUGUAUUCAAGCCAGUACCAUCGUAACGUGAUCAAACACAUGGAAGCAACUCAUCGUGAUCAUGAAACACUCUCAACAAACAACACGACUGUUUUUCCUGAGAUCGGUUCCGUCCCGUGUGAUUCAGUCGCUUCUGAUGACUUGAAGUCGGGUUUUAUUAACUCUUGCGUCUGGAUUCCAUGUACCAAAGCUGAGCCAAAUGCCUGUUGUACCAUGUCUGGUACAACUGAUUCCAAAGACUUCCCAAUCUUUUCAAAUGUUGAACAAUCCACUGGUUUUCCAGCUCCAAAUCUAGAACCUCAAAUUGUUUCACGUCAAAUAUCAUCAAAUUAUGGCUCUAGAAUGGCGAACAAGCAUUAUGAAAGCGAUCAUGUUGGUAAUUUAGGGAUCCCUAAUGAUGCCUCUAAAUCCUAUCGAUGUGACAUUUCAGGUUGUGAUCAGGCAUUCCAGUCUGUUAAAUAUCUAUCAAAUCACAUAAAGGAUUCACAUCGGGAUAUAAAGAGAUUCAAAUGUCCACUUGACGGAUGCUCAUUUUGUGGGCUACGUCGUAUGCACCUUAAACGCCAUAUUACCGAGUUUCAUAGUGAUAAAAAGCUAUCACUGUACAAAAUGUUGGACCAAAAUCGGCUUAAUCAUGAGCCGUAUAAUUCUGUCCAACCUGUAAUGAUGUAUGGUAGACAGGAAGGUCUUGCACUCAAUGUAACGAAAUUAUCCGACAGUCAACCAUUAAAACGGCAAUGUUACAAUUCUCAGAUGAAUAAUUAUGUCCCUUUGGAUCCUUCUUAUGCUAGUGACAACUCGUACCACGAUCCUGGCUGCCGUGGGAGUGAUGUAUAUUCUUUUCCGAUGUCAGGUUUUUCACAUCCAUCUGGAGAUUGUUGUGUCUCGAAAGACACUGAUAGUAUGUUAUUCAAUCACCCAACCUCUAAAAGCUUCGAGCAGAAACCUCAUUCAUAUAUCCGUAUGUCAAAUCAAAUCAAUAGACCCUUUGAAAAUACGUCUAGUUGUAAUAUGCCGUUCCAUAAUGAACAACGUUUAUCUGUGAACAAAGCCCGUUCAAUUAACCCUUCGAGCGAUUUUCAUAUCCAGUCUCCAUAUCCUCUUUCCGUAUCAAACCAAUCAGCUCAUUAUCACCAACGUGAUCCAAAUACAUUGGACAAUGAUCUUCAGUCAUCAUGUGAAAUUGUGAAUAGCGAGUCUUUUCAGGAACAACAGGAAUUCUUCUCACAAAAUGCCGUCUAUUCUAAUGUAAAAUCACUGUCUUUUAGUCCAAACGAUCCAUCUACUAAUCGUAUGACUGAACCUGAUGUAGUUGAACAGCUUUUAGAUUCGACAAAUGCUCCGAAUAUAGUUUUGGACCAGAUUCUGUGUGAACCAAUUGAACCAAAUAAAGAUGAUGAAGUUAGAGUUGAAACAUCCACAUUGUCUACUGCAACUGUGAAUACUUCUCAAAUCUCUCCUUUGAAUUCCAAAGUUCUGUCCAAUAAUGUAAAAAGUUCUGUAUCUGGAGCAAAUAUGUCAAUUAACAUUGUACAUACUAACAACAUGCUCUCAGAGACUGACGCAUUCCUAUCCGAUUUACAAGAAAUCCUCGAGCGUGAUAUGCCCAUGCUGACAUCUUCAACACCUAAGGGUCUUGAUUCUUCAGAGCUUGUUUUAGUCACUGUCAAAGAAGCUAUUUCUGAGUCGAAAUCUCCCCCUGGAAUAACUGGAUGUAAGCUAACAAGCACAUCGUCACUACCAAGCACUGACUCUGGACAUGAAUGUUGGAGCAGUAGCAGCAGUUGCAGUGUUGGUCCUACUAAUGCUUCCACAUGGGGUCAGCAAGAAGCUACAACUCCUUUAAAAGUUUCUUCUCCGUCUUCGUCUUCAUAUCCAUCUAACCAGCCUUCUGGAACAAAUCACUCAACUCCUAGUAUUUUUGAUAAUCAGGUUACAGAGCAAAUUAUCAAUGAACAGUUCUCUGAUCAUGAUUCUCGUGACCAACUGUCAGGCAAAUGUUCCAAUACUCUCCACUGUGCAGCUAUUACCGUUGAUGGCAUGCCGGCCACUCCGCAAAUGUCAUCAGUCGUCGGAUCACAUCAUACAUUACCUUUGAAGUCAAAUAAGAAUGUUCGCUUGAACAAUGCCAGUCAACUUUUUCAUGGUCAUUCAUCUUAUCCUCAUAGUACUAACUUCGUUCAAAAUUCCCAAUCUCCUACUUGUAACUCUGAAAAUCCCCGUCUACAAUAUUCACAGGAUCAUAGUGCUUCCAACCAAAUCUCUCCUAUGUACAGAUUUUCAGGUGAUCAGUCAAUGAAUCAACAGAGUUCUGUUCCAUUUUACUCAAGUCAUAAUUCUUAUGUGUCAAGUGAUUUAACGUCCAAUCAGACAAUGUUCAGUUAUCAGCAAAAUGAAGCUCAACAGAUGUGUCAGUAUUCAUUUAAUCCAUCAUCCUUACAUUCAGAGCCAACUUAUCAUUCCUCCUACGUUCAGCCAAAAUAUCAGAACUAUAGACAUAAUGAGAAUGAUGUACGACUAACACCGUUCAAGAACUAUCCACCCAACCCUCAGGAGCAGGUUUACUGGCAGCCAAAUGCUAAGUAUCGUACAGAUCCAUACGAACAAAUGCCUAACAAUCUUCCUAUAUCAUGCCGCAAUAUGGUUUUUAAUGCACAUGAAUCAUAUCCUUUUGAAAAUUCAAUGCCUUAUUCACAAACCAGCUCGAUAUCAACGCGAGUUACUGACUCUAUACUUAGUGAUAAUGAAAAUAAAUCUACGCAUAAUCUUCGACAUUCGGAUCAACUAUAUAUUCGAAAUUCUACUUGUCCUACUCCAAAGUAUGUUAACUUUCCAGAUACAGACAAUCUCCCUUGUGAUAGAACUUUUCAAACAACUCAACAGCCAGUUAGUAAACGUUGGCCUACUCAAGAACAACAUUUAUUUAAUCCUUAUAGUUCAUAUCCUUCGUCAAACUAUACUCCUAAUCUGCAAAUGACAUCCCCGAUGUAUCCAGUUAGACAACCACCCAUACAUUCCAUUUCACGUGUUAGAUCAGAAGAUUCCAAUUCGUGUAUAAGUUCAUCAAACCGUAUGCAAAAUCAUGGAUCUUAUUUUUCAAAUCAACCUCCUUCAACUUCACAAUAUUUCUCAAAUUCUGCUUGUUAUUCACAAUCACGUUCAGGUCAUGUUUUUUCACCUCGUUCCCAGUAUACACCAUCUCAAUCUGUUUAUCGUGACAUGUCACAAAAUGAAAACUACCUUAUUGGUGAUAGGCGUUAUUGCACUUCACAAUCCAAUUCAACUAUCCAAGCAAAUAUUAGACAUUCGAACAUGGGAACUAUUGGAAAUUGGUCUGUGGACAAAAAUUCAUCUUAUGCAGGAAAUCAACAAGACACUAUAAUUCCACAAGGAAUCAACAAUUCUAAUGUAGUUGGAUAUUCAACAGAAUCUAAUCCAGCUAAUAUUGAUCAACAUCCAGAUAGCUGUCAACAAUUCAUACCCAAUCCACCAAAUUCACAUUUCAUUUCAGACUCAGUGGAUCAUGUGAACUCGUCGUUGGAUAACCCAUCGUCUGGACCACUAUGUGAAUAUUACAGCUUUAUCAAAAUGGUCUCGGAAUUCUUUGCACCUAGGUGUAUCGUCCCUGAAAAAUCAGAAGUCCAGAGAAAUCUAUUCUCUUAUUCUCCAGAAAUAGUGAGACUUAAGAACGUAAUAUAUGAAGCUUAUAACUCUAAAUGGGGUACACGAUUUCUAGUUUUGUUACGUGGUGUCCCAGGUAGCGGAAAAUCUACAUUAGCAAGAUUUCUCGUUGAUAAACUUGAUCAGCGUAAUUUUCUAAUAGCUUCAAAUGAUGAUUAUUUUUAUGAUGAAGUUGAAAAGACUCAUAAAUAUAAUAAUACCGAAUUGAAUGAAGCAAUAGCUGCUUGUAAGCAGAAAGUUUGGUCAUCUAUGCAUAGUGGAGUGUUAGCGAUCAUCGUGGAUAACUGCAAUCUUACACGACUAGAAAUGGAUCCGUUCAUUCGCGAAGGUGUGAAACGAAACUACUCUGUUCACCUUCUAGAACCUUGUACACCUUGGCGUUACAAUGCAAAGAAGUUAGUCAAACUAACGCAUCAUACCAAUAUCAGUUUGACAGAAAUCAAUGGGAUGUUGGCAAUGUUUGAACAGACAUCAAACAUAAAGACAACUUUGUCACAAAUAUGUUUACCAUCGUCAUCGUUACCAUCGCUAUCAUCUAUGUUAUCAUCAAAUGUGAAUUCCUCCAAUCAUACUCCUACAUCAGAUAUUUCUUUUAAUACAAUCAGUGGAACUAAUGAUAUUUCUACCAGUGAUAAUAGUAAUGGCUUGAAUGAACAUGUUUAUCACUAUACUAGUAACGAUAAUGAUAACAAUUUGGCACAGAGCAGUAACAGUAUCAAUUGUCAUAGUAACAAUAAUAUCGGUAACAGUAUAGCAGGAACUGCUAUUACUACUGUAAGUAUCAAUGAAUUGGAUCCUCAGGAUGAAGACUGGUCUACACCAACAGGAAGUAUGGAAGCAUUGAAUAUAGAUCAUGUGGUUUCGGGUGGAUCACUGUCUCAGGAUAUUAGUAAUAGUAGUGAAAUUACCAAUACAUCUCCACUGGCACAACAACCAUCUACAUCUCAAAGAAAACUUGAUGAAUUAAUGUCAAUAUUUCCUAAUUUAAAACCAAACAUACUUGAGGAAUUUUUAUCACUUGCACAUGAUAACGUUUCAUGGGCAACUACAUUGAUUUUAGAUAAUCAUACUAGCGAAAGAACAAGUCAAAAAAUUGAGCAGAAUUCUAAUCUAGUUGCAAAUAAUUUAUUGUUAUGUAAAUCUAUUGUUAGUCAAACUUCUGAACAUCCAUCGACAGAAGUAACAGAAGCAGCCUUAGAUCCUGCAUCGCUAUCACCAACAACUUGUACGCCUAGUUUUUCCAAUAUCUUGGAAGACAAUACAAAUAAUCUUAGCCAAACUACUUUGUCAUCUGUAAAAGAAUCUCAAUAUGAAAAUGAAAUAGGCCGUAAUUUUAAUCAUCAACAUGGAAUUAAGUUUUCAAGAAGUUUUCUACAAACAGCACAUGAAGAGUAUGCCUUUGGUCUUGGCUUAUCAGAUAUUGAUAUAUCUCCUGAUGCAAUUCCCGACUUUAUCAUCGAUGAAUGGACACCUGAACCUAAUUUGAUCAAAGAAAUUUAUGCCAGUUUUAUGCGACAUUUAGGUGUUCUCUCAAAUAGCACAACUACUGUAUUAACGCCGAAAUUUCCACCAUCAAAUAUACGAAAUUCAAAUCAAAAUACAAAGAAAACUACUGUAACACCAUCAACAAAUAUAACAUCAAAGAGAUCAUUUUCAACAUUCUUACAAAUUAUGGAUGAUGAAGAAGGUCUACUGCGUUCUGUAGAAGAUUUUCGAGCGUCCUUAAAUACUCCCGUCAUACGUUUGAUAUUAAACCGGUUGAUGUCUAAAUUUCCUGGGACACAAAAAAAUGUUGUUGAAGAAGCAUUUGUUCGAUGCGAAUUUGAUGAAGCUCGGACAGAAGUUUAUCUUUUAACUUAUUAUAAAUCAACUAUUGAAUCAGUGACAAAGUCUACAGCAACAACAACGUCGACAACCACUAACAAUUCAUCGUCUAUUCAGUGCUGGAAUAACAUGUCAUCAACUGUGAAUCAACAGUCUAUCAAUUCAGCCUUUAUACCUAAUAAUAGUGAUAAUAAUGGCAAUAAUAAUAAUAAUAAUAAUAAUAAUUUGGUUGGAUUAGAUUAUCAUCAGAUUACGGAAGAAAACUUAAGUUUACAAGAAAUUCAAGAUGAAGAGGAAGCGCUGAAUAGAUCUAUUGAAGAUCAGAGAGAUCGUCUUCUAACAUUGGCCAAUCAACUUUGUUUGAGUCGUUUAAAAGCACAGUUUCCUGGAAUAGAUAUAAAUUAUUUGGAAAAUCUUUUCAUUCGAUUUGAUUUAAACGAGCAAAAUCUUUCGGAUUAUCUCAUAAAACAAGGUUUUGUAACUCACUCGUUAAAUCCAUUUCUCGUGGAAACUGUAAAUAAAUACAUUGAAAAUGUCGACGAUAAUGAUAGUAGAGUUUCACCAGUUUCAUCUAAUCAAGGUUAUGUAACUGAUAUUAGCAAUAGCAGUAUUCAUAAUACUGAUUGGUUAAAUUUGAUUAACCAAAAGAUAUCUGAUAUUCGACAAAGGAUAGGUCGUAUGAAGAAUGAUCUUUCAUAUGCUAACGAUAAUCGAAUUAAACAAUUCCAAAUAACUGAGAUACGUUCAUUACAAAGUCAAUUGCAUUAUUUAGAAUUACAAAAAGCUGAAUAUCUUGUUGAUACAAGAUCAUCAUUAUAUGAAGAUGAAUUAUUGACCAAUGGAGGGAAACCAAUUCAUUCAGCUUGUUUAGCAUUUGCUUAUCUUGAUUUACAUGGAUUAAAUAAAUCAUGCGCAUUACAUGUAUUACAACAACGUUUAACUUAUUUAAAAGAUAAAUUAAAUCGAUUAAAAUCAUUGAAAUAUUUCACCGUGAUAACUGGUCGAGCAGCUGGCAAUGAAAGUGACUUAGUGUCAAUAGCCCCAGUGUUAAGACCAGCAGUUAUACAGUAUCUUUCAAGAAAUGGUUAUAAAUUUGAAGAGAAUUUUCGAGUCGGUUCUGGACAUUUUACAGUGAAUUUAAACAAUUCAAAAUUGAGAUAACAAUAGAACUGACAAGGAAAAUUUUUCAUUGAUUAAGAAACAAAUACUUGAUUACUGUAAUUUUCCUAUUCGAUUUCUAUAUUUUUUUCUGUUUGAUUAUUUUUCCAAAUUGUAAUUUUUUCUAAUCUACAGUUCGCAUCGUUUUAUUUUGAGUAGGAAAACGAUCCGAUAAGAAGAGGAUUUUAUUUUAAUUGAGAUCAUGAACCAAUCAACGGUAGUCUAACAUUGAAUGGUUCAUGAAUUCAAUUAAAACUCAACAAUCUUCACAACCCUAUACUGAUAAGAUGAUCUUGUUGUUGGUGUAUGUUUGAUUUUUUUGAUAAUCACUGUUAUUUUUGUCACUUAGAGUUGUAUGUUUGUUUGUUUCUUAUUUUUAAAAAAUCUCUUUUUCGACGAAAAAGAAAACGGAAGAUUUUUAAAAAAUAUUUACUCAGUGUUUUAAUGUCAAUUCACUGGAUUGGCACAACUUGGUUAAUUUAUAUCCUAUCAUGGUAUAGAUUGUCAUUGCUGAAUCAGCAGUAUAUUGUUAUUUUUUAAAAAAAAGUCGUAAUUAAACUGUAAAUGUAUGAAAUUGGUUAGUUUUUGAUUAGCGAGUCUUACAUUCAAAUGAGUCUUACAUAUUACUCAUUGGAAUAGUUUUGUAGUAAGUCUUGUAUUUUCAAUACUGGUGGAGGUUUGGGAAG